AUGGACGACUGCAAUCUAGAAAAGUUAGCUGUCAAACCUGGAAAAUUGACCCCAGUAUUCAACAAGGAUACUACAGAAUAUGCUGUGACCGUUGCAAGCAAUGUGGAAAAAAUCCGAAUUGAUCCGCUCACAAGUGACACCGGUGCAUCUUAUUCUAUAUCUGGAAGUGGAGGAGAGAAGGAGGUUGGUCUACCAGAAGGAGUUGUAACUGAUAUCAAAAUAGAAGUCACUUCAGAAGAUGGCACUGUGAAAAACUAUUUCCUCCAUGUGAAACGCCUCUCGGCUAAAGAUGCUGUACUUAGUGACCUUAAGUUUUCUCAAGGAUGUCUCAUGCCUGAGUUUGAUUCUGCAGUUACCACUUACUCUUGUGUAUUACCAUGCAAUGUGGCCAGUGUCACUGCUAAACCAGUUGCACCAGACCCCAAAAAUGUCGUUUUGGUAUGUGGGGAGAAGCCUGGAACAGCCUACCCACUAAAUGUGGGAGAGACCAACAUCCAGAUAGAAGUGACGUCUGCUGAUGGUUCUAACAAACAGACCUACAGUAUUGACAUACUGAGGAAGCCUAUGCCCAGAUAUGCCAAGUUUACAGACCCUGAAUUGGCACAGAAGUAUGAGUGUCCCAUAUCACUCUCACCUCUCUACCGACCCAUCUCCAUUCGGGGGAGUGAGCCAAAACACACCUACUCUGCUCCAAACAUUGAUGCCAUGACUCGCACUUCUAAAGUGGAUCCCAUCAGUGGUAUGACACUUAUGGGUGAUUGGAGGAUAGUCGACAUUGCCAUGGAGAAACAAAUGGCUGCUGCACUAACAAACAUCCCACUGACAUAUGGAGGUACAUCAGAUGCUCUUAAGUUUGGAGAACUAGCUGCAAGUAUUGAAAAGUGUAAUGUGGAACCUAAAGUUGAGGAUUUAAAGGAUAAAUUUAAGGACUCUUCAGCAACAUUAGCACACUCUGUCAAGGUACGUGGAUGGGAGAAGAAUUUACAACAGAUUUUCGGAGAGAACAAAGUUGAUAAAUUAGUUGGACAAGCAAAAGAUGAAAUCAAGACCUAUUUCACAAUUCUACCAAAACCAGGUCAGUCUAAACAGUGGUCAGAGGGACAGGGGCCUCUAGAUUGUCUCCUCAGGGCUGCACAUUGUUAUGCUGUAGCCAUCUCAAACAAGCCUAAAGAUGCCAAUCUGCACUUACAGCUAGGCAUGGUUCUUGAGGAGCGGUAUUAUGCCGAGGAUAUGUUUGGUCUUAAAAAGGAGGAGUCUGAUUCUCUGCCAUCCAUGAACUUAGAUGCAAAAGAGAGUUCGAAAUCAGAGGAGUGUGCUGCUAUUUGUAAGCUUCAUGGUGUUGAUGCGGACACAGCUCCUCUAGCCCUCCAAUUGAAGGCUAUAGAUGAAGAAUACCAGCAGCUCAACCAGAAUGGCCAGAGUUCGAAGGCUGACCAUGUCAUGGGACUGUUUGUCUGGAAGUCAAAACAAGCCAAACCGGAAGGUGCUGCAGCCCAGAAGGCUGAGGAUGAGGAGUCACCACUAGGACAGGCCUACCUUAAGUAUAUGGAUGCACUUGUCCUGGAUGAGCCCAAAGCUGUGUACAAUUUCCAUGUGGGACGUAUGCUUGUCAUACAGGGAAAAUAUACUGAUGCCAUCUCACGAUUGGAGGUCACCUUAAACUGGAAUCCUCAGUAUCAGUUAGCCAGGUUUUACCUUGGCUUGGCCUUAGCCUUCCAGCCUGGAGGUCCAGGAGCCCGUACCAAGGAGACUGUAGGGUAUCUGUUGGAAAUCAUGGAAUCUCUGCUUCAAGCAAACACCAAAGACUCACUGUCUGCCGAGCAAGCAUGGGAAUUAAAUCCUAUCCUACAUGCUGAAAACAUUGUACGGUCUAGUAAUGUGCAUCUCCUACGUGGCAUCAUCAGUCUAGGGGUCCUACUCGCACAGAACCCUGACAUUAAGGAUUGUAUGGCUGCACAAGAUGUAUUUCACACGGCUGGCCUACUGGCCUCUCAGAUCCUGCCUAACAUCAGUAAAGGGGACACAUUUAAACAAGUUGAGUGGGUCCUGCUGGAUGCUCACUCUUAUCUACUCAAUAUGCUGUCCUGUAACCAGAGUGGUCAGGAAAAAAUCAUUGCCCAGCGAUGUAUGCGGCUAUCAGCUCUCAUAUUUAAUUCCUCAAUCCCAAUGAAUGAACAGCUUUUACAACUACAGGAAAAGACAUGUCAACAACUGGUACAGAUACAGCCAUGCAGUAGCCAUGCACUUUACCUCCUGGGUGCAGCCCAGUUUGCACAGUACGAAAACACGACACCUGGGGAUUUAGCAAACACCCAUCUUCAACACAGCAUUUCUUCAUAUGAGGUUUCCAUUGAUCUGGAGGGCAAGCCAAUGGCAGGAAAUCCCCCAGAAAAACUAACAGGCCAGGAAUGGUGGCAGAAGAAAAUUAAGGAAGAGGAAGAGAAGAAAGCUGAAGAAGCUAAAAAGAAAGCAGCUGCAGAGGCAGCAGCUAAACCAGCAGGGAGGGGUGCACCAGCUGCACGAGGUGGAGCAGCUGCUAGAGGGGCUGCAAGGGGGGCACCUGCUGCCAGAGGAAGGGGCGCGCCCCCAGCUAGAGGAGGUGUAGCUGCUCGGGGAGCUGCACGAGGAGGUGCCGCAGCCAAGACUCCAGCAGGUAAAGCUGCCCCUGUCCCUACUAAAGCUGCUCCUGGAAAACCAGCGGCAAAGACACCUCACUGUGACCCCAAGGCGCCUACAAAACAGGAAGAUGUACCUGCUGCCAAGGCUCCAGCAUCUACAGCCGCUCCGGCUCAGACCACAACCCAAGCUCCACCCCCUAAAGGAACCCCCAUCAAUAGAACAUCCUACUACCCUCAUCUUGGAUUAGCAAGGGCCUUCAGAGCUGCUGGAAACAUUCCAGAUUCACAGAAAAACUACAAUGAUGUCAUUGUCAUGGCACCAGAGGUACAUGAUGCCUACAUUGAACUAGCAGAAAUGCUGACAAAGACAGACCCAGCUGGUGCUGUGGAUGUCUAUUCCAAGUUCCCGAUGCCUGAGGAGCCAUCAUUUGAUGAUGCCUUUAUACUCGGAGAGUUAGUAAGACUUCUUAUGAAGACAGAGAGUUUUGAUGAUCCACGUCUCCUGACCUAUAUGGUUUCCUAUGGGCGUGUCCUAGGAUUAGGUGUUUUAGAGAGGUAUGUCAAAAUCUUGGAAGACAAAUUUAAAAAUGACCUUCUGAAGAAAGUAUAUGCAGGUGUGAACAGGAAAGAUGUGGAUGAUCCUGAUUUAGAGGCAUUCUUCAGGUUCAAAUGCUGGCUGUAA